AUGAGUAGCGACGUGGAACUGAUUGGGGAUAGUCCCACUGAUGUGGAUUGGCAUGAGGCCGCGCAAACCGUAUGCCACGAUGAUUACAUUGAAAGAUUAAAAAACGAACGCGAUGAGGCACUUGAGCGGCAGGUGGAUGCUGAAAAGAAACUGGCCAAUGAGGUGAGCCGCGCGGUUGAAAUGGAAACCAGGCUCAGCGCUAGCAAGCAUCAAAUCGCACAGUUGGAGAAGAAGAUAAUUUUGGAUCAAAAUGUCAACAGACAGAAGCUCAAAUCUUUGCAAACGAGUUUAAAUGACAUAUGUGAGCGGGUUAAGAUUAGUGACCAAUCAGUGUACAAGGCAAGACUAAAUCAAUCUCUCAAUGAAGAAAGGCUCAAAACACUCGAAAAUAUGCUCAAAAUUAAAGAUCAGGCCUUGUUAGCAGCUGAAACCGCACUUGUAGCUGCUCAAAAGAAAAUAUCGUAUAACAGCCAGAGCAGGUAUCAGACAGACGAAUCAUCGCUAAUUAGAAAACUAUUGAAGCGUAUUGAUUUUUGCAAAUCCCAGGUUAGGAUUGUAGUGGAACAGUUUGUACAAGAUAAAGAGGAAAGGAAGUGGGCUUUGGAAUGCAUUGAAUUGGAAAAUCGAAUAAACGAAUUGGAAGCAGCGUUACAACAAGAAUCCUGGUCCAAGCUACAAACAAACAACAAAUUAGCGGAGAUAAAUCAGCAACUUCUUGAUGCAAAAUCAGAGUUUUCCCGUCGUGAAAGUAUUUUGUUGAAUAAUGAGAAGAUGGCGCAAGAUCGCUAUGAAAAUCAUAUGAAAUUGUGUUGCAAACAAGAGGAGCAAUUGACUGCAGAGAUCAACAAACUCAAAGCCAAACUAGAGUUAACUGAAAGCAGACUGGAGCUUUGUGAGACACAGCUCAGGGAUGCACAAAAUGAAUUGGAAAACAUUGCAGUUGAUAUAUUCAAUGUAGAUGAUCAAAGCUUGCCAAACUCAAAGAGACAAAGACAAUCACAGAUUUUGGAUAAAAUUUUGGGAACAAUUCAAUUAAUCGCUGGUAAUAUUGAAAAAUCGUUCAAACAAGAAUUGGGCUCUGUCACUUCUUUUAUAGAAAAGAUUCAAUAUGACAAGAUGCUAAAUAGUUUGAAUGAUGAAAUUAGGAAGGGGUUUGAGAGUAUGAGACAUCAAGCACCUUACGUGCCAAUUGAUUCCAUCCCCCAGGAGACUAUUAAGAAACUAAUCGUAAAGUGCCAGAUAGCUGAGGAUAACUUGACAACACUUGAGAAUUCAAAAUCAGCCUCCCAAGAAAUGAUAAAGAAACUGAUAGUAAAAUGCCAAGCAGCUGAGGAAAGGGUAUCCCAACUUACCAAACAAUUGGAAAACAAAAAUGGAAAAUCUAGCACAUCCUCGACUAGGUGCCUAUGCUCUCAUGUUAAAUACAAUGGGAAAUUUGGGCAUGGGUGGAGUAUUUCCAAGCACGCCAGAACGAUGGAAUCACUGGCCAUUUUAAAUGCCAAAUUAAGCAGGUUUAAGGGGGAUAAAUCGGAUAUUAUUCCUCAAGAUAUCGCAGAAUUACUCUACAAGAUGACAGAAAGUCUUUAUGAUAACGGGGAAAUUAAAUCAGAUUAG